AUGUUUACUCUUAACGUAGCUGCCGCGGCGGCGCUUGUCGUCCGAGCUGCCUCCGCCGCCGACGUGUUCGCGCAUUUCAUGGUUCAGAAUGCCUACGCAUACGAUGUCGGCCAAUGGAAGACAGAUAUCGCUUCUGCGCAACAGAUCGGUAUUGACGGGUUUGCGCUCAACUGGAUUCCACCGGACUGCCAGGGUGGUCUUGGCUGGACAGUGGACCGCAUUGAUGAUGCAUUCACUGCUGCCGCCGCCAUGAACUUCAAGCUCAUGUACUCUUUCGACAUGAGCUACAGCACGUGCAACAUCUACUGGAAUCAGACUUUCAUGGGCGAGAUGAUUUCGAAGUACGCUGGCAACUCGGCAACCUACCGCUGGAACAGCAACAUCUUGGUGUCUACCUAUGGUGGCGACCAAGUCCAGCAGUAUGGCAAUGACUUCUUCGCCGGCCUCAAAAGCAGUCUGUCCGGAUCUAACGCAAUUACACUCGCGCCCGCCCUUACAACGUACUCUCUAGCUGCCCAGGACGAUGCCACGGGUGCUGCCAAUAAGUUGAUGAACGACUAUUCGUCCAUUGAUGGAUACUUCGACUGGCAGGCUUGGCCGUUGAACACUGGCAACAACAUCACUGCCACUCCGGACCAGGCUUUCCAGUCUGCGCUAAAGUCUAAAGGCAAGACCGGACCGUACAUCAUGAGUGUCUCACCUUGGCAGUACAAGGAUCUGAACAACGGCAACCCGCUUGAUACGUGGGUUGCCUACAGCGAUACCCUCUUCGACGAUCGCUUCAAGCAGCUCACUGGUGAUGAUGUCAAGCCAGACAUCAUUGAACUUCUGACUUGGAACGACUUCUGCGAGUCGCACUACCUGCGCGAUCUGCCCAACCAGCAAGAUACCUCUGCUAAGGACUACGUGGUGCUCGGAGACAUGGGUACAUACGUCUGGGGCCAGAACCACGCACCAUGGCGUAUCAUCGCCAAGUACUACAUCUCGUGGUGGAAGAACGGCUCGCCACCUGCCAUCACGAUGGACCAGGUUGUCUUCUGGCAUCGCAUUCAUCCGAAGGGUGCUACCUGCUCCGGCGGCUCCUCCACGGCUGUGCGCAAUGCUCAAUACCCUGACGAUGCCGUCUUCGCAUGGGCUCUUGUGAAGGAGAAGUCUACAAUCUCCAUGUCUGUUGGCAGCAACCAGUACUGGACCUUCGAGGCCGACAACAACGGGCCCGCCACCGGUAUGGUUCCUUUCCCAUCUGAUCUUGGCAACGGUGUCACACCCGAAGUUGCCAUCAUGCGCAACGGCCAAGCCGUCCAGUCCGGCAAGAGCUCGCAAGUGGUACAAGGCUACUGCACCUACCAGAACUUCAACCCUGUUGUCAACCUUGUUGGCCCCGGCAUCAAUGUUGGCCCUUCAUCGUAA